AUGGGCACGACCAAAGCCGUCAACUUUGUCCUAACCUUAACAACAAUCUCACUACUCAUCUCCACCACCCCGACCCAAGCCCAGUUGUCCCCGACUUUCUAUAACCGUACAUGUCCCAAUGCACUGAGUACAAUCCGUACAUCCAUCCAGCAGGCGAUUUCCCGUGAGCGCCGCAUGGCUGCCUCCCUCAUCCGCCUACAUUUUCACGACUGCUUUGUACAAGGCUGCGACGCUUCCAUCCUGCUGGACGACUCGCCCACAAUACGAAGCGAGAAAUCGGCUGGCCCAAACGCCAAUUCCGCCAGAGGGUUUGAUGUGAUUGAGGCUGCCAAGAGAGCAGUCGAGGGUAUUUGCCCGGGCGUCGUCUCGUGCGCCGACGUUUUAGCCGUGGCUGCACGUGAUGCCUCAGUUGCUGUUGGAGGGCCGUCAUGGAAUGUAAGAGUUGGGAGACGGGAUUCUACGACUGCCAACUUCAAUGCAGCAAACACAGAUUUGCCGGGACCUUCUUCUAGUGCACAAGGCCUCAUUACUGCUUUCCGCAAUAAGGGACUCAGUCAGACAGACAUGGUUGCCCUCUCAGGGGCACACACGCUGGGGCUAGCCCAGUGCCAAUUUUUCCGGGCCAGAAUCUACAGCAACGGCACGGACAUCGACCCCAACUUUGCAACCACAAGAAGAAGCACAUGCCCACAGUCGGGCGGGAACAGCAUCCUUGCCCCGCUCGACAUCCAAACCCCCAACUCGUUCGACAACAACUACUACAGAAACCUGGUCCAGCGGCGGGGGCUCCUCCAGUCGGAUCAGGUACUUUUCACCAGUGGGUUAACCAAUGCCCUAGUCAACACCUACAACAACGACAGUCGGCGCUUCGCCUCCGACUUCGCGAGCGCCAUGCUCAGGAUGUCUGAGAUUUCGCCGUUGGUGGGGUCCCGUGGGGUCAUAAGGAGGGUUUGCAAUGCCCUCAGCUAG